UUUGUUUUUUCUGAUUUGUAUGUUUUCUUUGGUUUUGCAACUGCAAAUUGCAUAUAGAAAAAAAUUUAUUACUUAUAUUUAUAAAAUCGACAUUAAGUCCGACCUUACUGAAGAUACACACGACUCCCUUUAUCUUCCUUCGACGUUUAAUCAGUAAAAUUUAAUAACAUCAAUUCAAAUAAACAAACCCUCCUGCAAAAUUUAUGAAAUUUACGAUAAAAAACACAGGAGUUAUUAAGCUUCAAAUAAAGUGAACGAAAUCGUUCCAAACACUCACUAAUAUUUAUAUGUAAAGGAAACAUUUUCGAAUUUUUAUGAAUUUAUCGACGUUUCAAUGUGUCUUUAGUCCAAAAAUUAAAAAUCUUAAAGGGUAAGUUUCUGACCGAUUGCCAUACUAUUUCUCUGUUAUAUAUAUAUAAGCCAAGAAAGUAAAAAUAUAAAUAAAAAUUACACAUUUUACUCCAUAUUAUUAUUUUUCAUUAUUUUUCUAUACAGCAAAUAAUUAACAUUCGUUUAUCUAAAAAUUCUUUAAUUAAUUAUCUGAAACAGAAGAGUCAACGGCUUUUAUAUAGUGUUCAACGUGCAGUAAGAUAUAACAUAAAAAUCUGUUCGUACCGAAGAAAAUUUUCUGUUUUUCAUAACAGUUUAAACACGUUUUUAUUAGACGACAUGUAUUUGAAAUUUGAAAUUUAUUUCUCAUGUCAUUUGUCGACUGAUUACACUGGCAUUUGGCGAGCUUUUUCUACAGCAAUCAGCUCGUCCAAUCAUGUUGAGCCACUCAAAUUUCAAAAUAUUUAAAUACUAUUCUAGUUCGAAACGGACUGCAGUUGUUCUUUUCUGCUCGUUUUCAUCGAACUAGUAAGACUUUAGAAUUUAAUUUCAAUUCUAUUCUUUGCAUUUAUUAGAUGAUUUUACUUUAACUUUGAAUAUUUAACUGAUUUUUUCAUUUUACUGAAAUCAUUCAACAAUAUCUAAUUAUAAAUUGAAAAUUUCAAAGUACUGUUUUAUUACGUAAAGUGUUUGAAUGAGCUUUUAUUAAUAUUUCAAUGGAUUUUUUGACAACUGUGUUAAGCAUUUCCCUGCUCUCUUCUUUAUCCAUAUCACAGAUAAGCUAUGUAGAACUAGAGCAGUUUAAAUACUAUGAAAUAUUAUCAUUGAAAAUGAAAUUGUACGAAAACUUUAAAGCGGAAUCUUAUCGUGGGAAAACGACAAUUACUGUAAAAUUUCGGGCAUUCAACAAAAAUUUCGAGCUGAACCUGCGAGAAGACAAUUCAAUAACAUCUCCGAGCAGCAAAGUCUUCAUUGUUGGGCAAGAAAUUAUCAAAUUAUAUCUAAAGAAUGUUGCGGGGUCUUCCAUUUACGAAGGAAACGUUUCGGGAGCUGAGCAAUCUGUCGUAAACGGAUAUCUGCACCAAAACGGAUUUAUUGGUAAAAUUAAAUUAAAUAAUGAAAUAUAUUACACCGAAACUGCCUCUACGUAUUUGAAGGAUGCAAUUUAUAAAGACAAAUUGAUAAUUUAUAAAGAAGUGGACAUAUUACCUAUAGAAUACAGAAGCUUGAAUGGGAGUGCAUUUUGUAGUACUCCUCUACUAAAUAAUUCAGUAUCAACGAACUUAUUCGAUUAUAACAAGAUCUGGAGGUCAGACUUUUUCCAAAAAUCUGCAAUUAAUAAAGAGAAAAAAUUAAUUUGCAAUCUGGAAAUCAUGGCAGAUCAUACUUUUGUAAACCAUUUUAAUGGCGAUCGGGCAACCAUUAUUGCCGAAAUGUUGUAUUACGUGAAAGUGGCAGACAAAAUUUUUCGAAAUUUACAUUUGGAUAAGAGUGAUUUAUAUAAAAUAAUCGGCUUCAAUGUAGAGAAAAUCACAGUUAUAGAAGAUGCGUCGAAUCCUUACUAUCAUCUGAAUUUUAAUAACACUGAUGAUACAGAGUUUUUGUUUUUUUUGGGAAUGACUGCGAAACAAACUUCGUGUUUAUUUGUGAACUUCUCUCACAGAGAUUUUGGUGUAGUACUUGGAAAUACGUACGUAGGAGAAGUUUGUUCUGGAAGCACGGAAGAUUUUAGUCUCAACGUAAUCUCUAUAACUAAUUUUCAACGUAAUAUUACACUAUCAAAACAUAUUGUCAGUUUAACAUUGGUUCAUGAAAUAGGCCAUACAUUCGGAAGUGAUCACGAUCCACCAAAUGACACUGUGUGUACACCCGGCAAAUUUAAUCAUACUAUAGGAAAUUACAUUAUGUACGAAGCUCUGGAAACGCCUAAAAUAUUGUACAAUCACUUGAAGUUCUCACCUUGUAGCGAAAGAAGUAUGUACGAUAAUCUAUUUGUAAAUAACAAAGCCAUUUGCAUGACGAAGCCAAAGUCAAUAUGUGGUAACGGAAUAACAGAACAAGGAGAAGAAUGCGACUGCGGAAGUAUUGAAUCCUGCGAAAAAUUGGAUCCGUGUUGUAAUCCUCCAGGAUCAGCUGCACCGUGUACAUUCCUCAAACCAUCGCGAAACUUUUGUAGUCCGCGGGAAGGCGAUUGCUGCAACGAGAAGUGCGAAUUUCUUGCAAAAGAGGAACAACGCCAAUGUUUCGUGUACUCUCCUUGCCGUGAAAAAAUUCUUUACUGCAAUGGAUUGUCGCCAUUCUGCCCGGAGGUGAUUUUACCAGACGGAACAUCGUGUUCGGGUUCUAAUAUUUGUAAAUCUGGCAGUUGUCUCGUGGAUGUUUGCAAAGAUAACGGAUUACAAUUAUGUAAAUGUCCAAAAAGCUUAGAAUGUCAGAUUUGCUGCGCGGAUAAGGAAGGUAAUUGCAAAUCGACAUCAGACCGAAACAUUUUCCUACCAAAUAGAACAAUAUUUGCCGUAUUUCCAGGGACGCCUUGUAACAACAAUAGUGGAAUGUGCUUACUUAAUGGAACGUGCUAUUCCAAACAUAUAUCUGGAAAUUGGUGGAAUACCUUCUGGCCGUAUUUAUUACCGGUUCCAUUAUUUAUGACUUACUUUUUUUUCACGUUUUUGUAUCGAUAUUUCAGAAUGAAAUUAUCAGAUUUUAAACUUUAACGAGAGAAUUGACAAUAAAAGACACUUCUACACUACGUUUUAAAAGCAGUUUUUCAUGAAAUUAGUCUAUAGGGAAAUACUGUUGUUUUCAUGAAAUAUUACUUAAUAAGACAUGCUUUACCACACUAAUAUGUGUUACGUCAUACUUUUACAUACCUCUGUUGUUUGAUGAUAAUGUUUUAUAGUGUUUUAUGUCAGUCUGACGUAGACUGACGUAGCUCUCUUACUAAUCACAAAUAUUUUUGCUGUUUUGUUUAUAUGAGAUCCACAAGUUUUGGGGUUAACUAAAAAAAAUCUAUGUAAACAACCGCCGAUAGAAAAAGUAUGGAAUAGUUACGGAUCGGAUGUCAUCCCGAUUGUCAGCAAUCAGAUUGGAAAGUCGACACACAGGUGUCAGAAAAUGCACUGCCAUCGUCAACGUGAGCGAUCACGUGACCUCUUUUUCAUCACAAGUGAUUAAAAGCUCGAGCCCCCGGAAGUUCAGGGCGAUCGAACUGGAAGUUAUAUUUGGUAACUGCGCAAUCUGUCUCCCGGACCUUUAUACAACAAGCCCGAUCCCACGAGAAAACAAGACACCGGAAGAAGACAUAUUACAGUUUCGGACUUCCGUACAGUUUGCCACAUGGACGAGGACUGCGAUUCCUACGAAAUUAUCGACGCAUACUGUUCGUUUCCUCAUAGAGGUAUUUUUUGUUAACGAUUUGUGUACUUUCUUUCCUGCAACGGGAAUAGGCUCAGCUAAUAGCUGCCGUUUUGUAUAUAUUUAGUAUUUAAUCGCAUCUAACCUCCUGUAUGUUAAUCUUACAUCUUAAAUGCUUUGUUUAAUUGCUAACUUGUCUCCUGUCUAUCCAAGGACACCUGUCGACUUGUUCACCCCCUCGCCAAUCGAUAAAAAGCCACCCAAAAGAAAAAGUGGGCGAGUUUUACCAACUCGACGUGUAAGAGGCAAUUAGGAAUUGACCCUGAGCCCUCGUAUUCUCACAUUUAAAUAAUGUUUUAUAGUGUGAGAGCCGAAUUUAUUAGAAUAAAUUGUUAAAUAUUUUUUUGUACGAGGAACAAUUUAGAGAAAUAAACAACAAACCGAUAUUUAAAAAGAACAUAAAACUUUUUUCCCACGAACUUAAUUCCGUGUUGAGGAUGAUACAUCCAAUAUGUCACCCAGAAUCUACGAAAAGACGAAAGAAAACAACUAUUGGACGGAGACAGUGGAAAAAACCCAACGAUACUACCUUUAUAAAAAGGAGGGGUCGAUGAGUAAGAGUCAGUCAAUGGAGUUUGGUGUGAACUGUGGAUUUACGUGAAUAGAUUAGCCGCAACCCGGAACUAUUCUAAUCGCCGCCGUUCGGGAGGAUCACCGCCUAAAGAAGUAUCAACGUUCGAAAAAUCUUUGUUCCACAUAAAAACCAAAUAUUAACGUUCGAAAGAACUUUGUGCCACAUAGAGACUCGAUGACUAAACGACUAUUUGACAACUUAUAUCAAGGUAUUUAUCCUCGCGCGAAAUACAUGUGAGCUCUCUCUCUCAUUAAUACGGGUAAUCGGGAAGAAAGUAGAUAUGUUAACUGAAUCGAUUGUACAGUCGACCCCCCUAUAACGUACGUUCCUAUAACGACAAUUCCUAUAACGUAGCGAAAAAAUUGUAGAAACUUUCGUAUAAAGUACCUCCUAUAACGUCGUUU